AUGUGGAACAACCAAGAAAGACCGAAAUGUUCAGUAUGCAAGCAUAAAGGGAUAAGCUGUCCACCAUAUUGUUUCUAUGCUCCUUAUUUUCCACCAGAUAGUCCAACUGCAGAUCAAGAGUUCGCCAAUGUUAAUAGAUAUUACGGUACAAAUAACUUCAAGUCGCUCAUCAUACGAGCUGGUGGUAUAGAAUAUGACCCUGUUCGUCGGAAGAAUGCAGCCGACACGUUAAAGUCUGAAGCUAAUCUUAGAAGACAUGAUCCUGUAUUGGGGAUAACAGCAAUUGUUAAAUCACUUGAAGACCAAUUGAGUGAUGCUGAAGGACGUCUAAAAAUAGCAAUAGCUACGAAUAACAGAUGGCGUGACACAGUAUUAGCAAAUCAAUGGGAAAAGGCUUAUGACACAAAUCCAUCUGAAUUUGGUUUUGUAAAAGAGCCUGAGCUAUCUGAUGAGCAGAUUGAAAAAUUUGUAGAAUCUGUCAUUCAAGAACCAGACCUGAAACGACAAAGAGUCGAUGAGACAGGGGAAUUCUCUGGUUCAGCUGCCGACGGACGCAAGGGAUAA